AUGGCGGCGGCGACGCUGGUUCACCCUCGAGCCGGUCUUCUUCCGAACGCAGCACCUCCCGCAGCGAACAACGUCGUCGUGAUCAGCAACGCCGCCGGCGCUCGUGAUCCUGGCCGGGCUACCUCGGGGCUUGCUGGCGGAUCCUCCGCGGCUGACGCCCGCCCCGCCCUGUCCGCAGCGGAGUUUGAGGCCCUUGAAGCUAUGUCCACGUUCCCGACGCAGGAGGCGGUGCCUCCUGCUCAGGCCCAUGGUGCCGCUGUCGGAGCUACCUCACCGGGCCUCAAUGUCCAAGAUAUCUCGCGGCUGGUCGCCAACGAGAUCCAGACGCACACAGCCACCAUCACAGCGCAGGUACAGACUGUGGUCACGAACACGAUGGUUGCAGUGCAGGGCACCAUUGUCUCCCAGCUACAGCAGCACUUCGAGCCCACGGCCCCCAAGCAGAUCCGCCGCGAGCAGCAAUCCAAGCGGCUGGCUGCCAUCUGUGCCGAGAAGGUCCCGAAUCUUACCUGGAGCGCCAUCCGCCCCCGCGGCCUCGUGCAGGCGGAUGGCCAGCCGGUGGUGGAGGUGGGAGUGCGCGGUGCCACAGAGCCAUCCCGUCUCCUGUGGAACCAGGUGGUGGUGGCUCAGCUUAACAUCGACAGGGAGGCCAUCGACAGCGCCUUCCUGCGCGCCUACGCGGGCUACGACACCAGCACUUGGACCAGCUUCAUCAGCUACCCCCUGGGUCGAUUCCUACGUUUACCCCCAAACGUUUGGUUGACGGCCGAGUCCUCGGACUCCACAUUCGCGGACAUGGUCAAGAAGUUCGUCUUCUCAACGUUCACAAUCAUGAUCUUUCCCCUGAUCAUCGUCAGCGUGUUCGUCGGUAUUGGCAUGCUUGCACGCGAUGGGCUGCUGCUGACGAGCGUCGGCAUCCCAGACUUUGUCUUCCGCUCUCGCCACUACCCUGAAGUCCUUCACGAAUACAUGAGCUGCGUUAACUGGGACGCGAUGGGCUCGUACGACCGUUGGGCGCUCACGAAGGACCUGAUGGUCUUGUCAGGCGCGCCGGCCAUCUUGUCUCAACCUGUGCCUCAAUUUUCUCCUCUGCUCCUAUUUUGCCUGAAGCCUUGGAUGUUGCAGCUGUGGUGGACAGUAUUGCCCAACCCGUGGAUGGAGAUGGUGCAGCUGCUGGUGAAGGCCCCGGGGUGGCUCGAGAUCCUGCUGACAUGGCUGCUGCUUUGUCUCAUCAUUGGGCUCGUGUGUUUCAAGCCAAAUCUGUUCCUGCUGACGAACUCUCCCCUUAUCUCGCUUUGCACCUCCCUCGCUAUGAACGUCUUGUCAGGCGCGCCGGCCAUCUUGUCUCAACCUGUGCCUCAAUUUUCUCCUCUGCUCCUAUUUUGCCUGAAGCCUUGGAUGUUGCAGCUGUGGUGGACAGUAUUGCCCAACCCGUGGAUGGAGAUGGUGCAGCUGCUGGUGAAGGCCCCGGGGUGGCUCGAGAUCCUGCUGACAUGGCUGCUGCUUUGUCUCAUCAUUGGGCUCGUGUGUUUCAAGCCAAAUCUGUUCCUGCUGACGAACUCUCCCCUUAUCUCGCUUUGCACCUCCCUCGCUAUGAACGUCCUCUGCUUCCUCUCCCGUCGAAGGCUGACCUGCGGACACGAGGAUGCCGCCGAGCGCAUGCCAUGCUUCCUCUCCUACGACGUGCAGGCCGCCUUCCCCUCCAUGAACUGGCAGUGGAUAGCCGCAGUCUUGCUCCACCACUGCUUGCCGGCUGGCUACAUAUGUGCGAUCUGGGCUUUGUAUCACGAUUUGCAGGUCAGCGCUUGGUUUGGUGACGAAUUCCGGUACUUAUUCCAGGUCUCCGCUGGAGUUGCCCAGGGGCGCCCACUGUCCGGAACUUUGUGGGCAUUGUGCUUCGACGCCUUCCUGUUCCACAUCGCCGAGGGCAUCGACGCUAGCGAACCGCCGUGCGACCAUCUGGAUGCCGGGGCGUGCGCCGACGAUGUUGGAGUUGUACUGCCUUGUCUGAGCCAGGCUGCCCGGGGUACAAUUUGCGCGGUCAUCACUAUGAGCGUGGAUGCCACGGUCUCAGAUGGCCUCGCUGGCACGAGGGGCGUGAGCCUGAGCGUGAAGUCCGCAAUGACGGAUUUCGGGGUCCUCUCGCCCAGAGCCCUCAGGCGAUCCACUGGCGCCGAGGCCAGCUCGCGGGGCUCCCAGCAAGAGGCCGAGCCCUGGGAGGAGAAGCUCGACCGGUCGGAGAGGGACAUCUGCGCCGCUCUGCAGCCGAGCGUCCCCGCAGUCACCCUCGUGCUGCCGAGGCCGGACCCAGCCUCGUUCGCCGCCCAGUUGGCGCAGCCGGGCUACCGCCCGCUCGUGCAGGGUCUGCCGCCACGGGACGAGCCCCGCCUCCCUGCGGUGGCCGCCGCCCCCUCGGCGCGGGCCGCGUGGCCGGGUGGCCCGCGGGCUGCGGCGUCGCUGGGGCACCAGCUGGCCUGGCCUCUGAUCGCCGCCGCGGCCUCGGCCUGCCUGGCGGUCGGGGUCGGCCACCUGCGGCUCGGGCUGCUCGCCGGCCCCGCGCUGGCCGCCUCGGCGUCCGCCUGCCUGUGCACGCUCGGGUUGGCCAGGACGUGGCGUGACCGCGCGGAUGCGAAUUUUGGGAUGCUGUCCAGGUCGAUCUGCAAGGCCAGGGAUGCGGCAGCACGGUCCGUGGAUGCCGUGGAGGGCCUGCUGUUGCGGCCAGUCCAACGGCUGCAGGGCCUCGUGGACGUCAUGGUGGAAGAGCAGCAGCCGGCCUUCGCGAGAAUGCAGGAGCAUGAGGCCGCGCUGAAGGAGCAGGGUUCUGACCCAACCUGGCGGGCGCCCAACCCCGCGUCACUCAAGCGGCCCUUGUGCGGCCCGCGCGGCUGCCUCGUCUCGCUCCGGCGCGAGCUGCGAGAGGUGAGGCACGAGCUCUUGGAGUAUUUCGACCAGUCGAUGAGCUCGCAGCUUUCCGGCAGGAUCGCCACCGAGCACGCCGCCUUCGAGCGGUAUGUCGUGCACUUGCCAGUGUUCGCCGCUCUGACCUUGAACAUGACGCUCUCGGUUGUCCAGGUGGUGCUGGCCGCAGGGCUGGCAGCCCCCGGCACCUCUGAGGUAGCCAGUGCCCCAGUCGGUCCUCGCCCAGCUAACAUUGCGGCGGUGUUGGCGCCCGCAACUAGGCGCCUCCUGAACAGUGGCGCCACUGAUAGCGGACCGGGAGAGGAGAUUCUGCAGUGCCUCAGGCCCGCCGUCGUGCAGGCUGCGCUGUGCCUCGCGCAGGUGGCCGCCGCCUUCGCGCUCUCGCGCGGACCACCUGCCUGUGCAGUGGCCAUCGCGAAGAUCUCCAGCCUGGAGGUUGAGCUCAACACCCGCGUCAACAGGUUCCAGGAGCAGGUGAGCGGCGUGACAACAUGGAGUCGGGCGCGCGGAGAUUUGAUCGCAGGGUGCUGGAGUUCGAACUGGGCCCCGCGUUCGCAGACGUCAAGGCGGAGGCCGCGCUCUUCUUCCCGCAAUUCAGAGAAUGCAUGCGAAGGCUCAGGGUGGAUGCGCAGCGCAAGCGUCGUGCCGACAAGCUGCACGACCUGGAGAAGCAGGCCAUGAGGCUCGGCUUCUGAGCGCCCCGCAGCGGCCCAUGUCCGCAGAAGUCGGGACGGAGCCUGCGCCUUUCUCCCUACAGGUCGGAGACUGCCUGCAGAGGCCCCGAGCGGCCGACAGCCUGUACAUAGGGCCUCGAGAGGCGGGCCGCGAGGAUCGGCUGAGCGCCCCGCGGCGGCCCUGCGCGGGCGGCCUGCCGACCAAUGCUUCGCUUCCCCUUCGGGCCAGGAAGCCCAGGAGCUGGCAAUGCAGCCGCAGCCCCCUCCGCGGGCCAGGUGGCAGGCGCAACCAUACCCGGCUCGAGGAUCGCUCUGAAAUGUUGGACACCUUCGGCGUUUUCUGC